AACAUUAACAAAUAUGGCGACCAAGUUUUUAGUUCAUAUUUUAUUUAAUGUUUUAGUUCACGUUUCUUUACAAAAUGUCCAGCGUUUGGAAUUAAAUGGACCUUGGUCAAUUUCAAAUGGCACAAUGUCUGCGGUUCCGGCGCGGGUACCCGGCGGUGUGCACACGGCAUUGAUGGACGCAGGGAUUCUGAAAGACCCCUAUUUCCGGAAAAAUGAUAACGAGUACCGCUGGGUGGGUCUCACCAACUGGACAUACACACGUUCAUUUCAAGUGUCCAGUGCCCUACUUGACCAGCGGUCAAUAGAGCUGGUGUGCGAGGGACUAGACACAGUGGCCGAGGUCAAGAUCAAUGGUCAUUUAGUUGGUCGCGCUGACAAUCAGUUCGUCAGAUACACAUUCGACAUCAAACAGUUCCUACGUGAGGGAAACAACACCAUCGAGGCGGUGUUCGAGUCCGCGGUGACGUACGGCGCGCGGCGGGCGGGAGAGCAGAGCUAUCGAGUGCCGCCAGACUGCCCGCCCGGCUACUUUCAUGGGGAAUGCCAUGGCAAUAUGGUCCGGAAGAUGCAAUGCGCUUUCAGCUGGGACUGGGGACCCGCAUUUGUCACCACGGGCAUCUGGAAGGACAUCUAUAUCGCGGCAUUUGACAGUAUACGGAUAACAGACGUCACCGUGGAUACCGUCAAGGCUCAAACGGAUGGCGAAAGGAUAUGGGAAUUGCACGUGACAGUUUUCACGCGAUGUGCACGUGACGUUGAUAUAUCCGGCACGAUGACGGUGACGUUGAGUGAUACCCGGCUCUCCUGGCACAGUCUCAUACAGGGAACCAAUAUUGAGAAAAUCCCCCUAAAUUUCACUGUCUCCAAGAACCAGGUGAGCACCUGGUGGCCGCGGGGCUAUGGCGGACAGCUCCUGUACAACCUGACGGCCACUUUGGAGGACGGCCGCGGGGAGCUGGUUUCAAGGAAUUCAGUUAGGUUUGGCUUCCGGUCUGUGCAGCUGGUGCAGGAUCCCAUAAAAGACAUGCACCCAAAUAAUGGUCUGACGUUCUACUUCCGGGUGAACGACCAGCCAAUUUUCCUGAAAGGCUCCAACUGGGUCCCAGCGGACAGUUUCCCCGAGCGUGUGACACCUGACAGACUACGUAAUUAUAUGACGUCAGCAGCAGACGCCAACAUGAACGCUAUGAGAGUCUGGGGCGGUGGGAUCUACGAGAGUGAUGAUUUCUACAAUCUUGCAGACGAACUUGGCAUUCUAAUAUGGCAGGACUUCAUGUUUGCAUGCGCCCUAUACCCUGUGGACGCGCCCUUCAUGGCGUCAGUAACACAGGAAAUCACUUACCAGGUACGUCGCCUGAAGAGCCACCCGUCCCUGCUGGCGUGGAGCGGAAACAACGAAAAUGAGGUGGCACUUACGGGUGGCUGGUGGGGCGUGUAUCGUGAUGAACACUAUAUGGCGGACUACCGGAAGUUAUACGUAGACACGGUUGGAAGGAUCACGCGCGCGGAAGACCCCUACCGGCCCUUUAUGCUCUCCAGCCCUAGUAACGGAAAACAGAGCGAGGCAGACGGGGGAAUCUCAAAAGGCAAUCCAGGUGGCACAAUGUUUGGGGAUAUACACGACUACCAGUACAGUCGACCGUUUUUUAAAGACAGCACAUAUCAGAUACCCCGCAUGGCCUCCGAAUAUGGCCUCCAGUCAUUUCCCAGCAUGGAGAGUUUGAGGCCCGUCUAUGAGGAGCAGGAUUUGUAUUACGACUCUGAGUUGAACACGUACCGGCAGCACCAUUACGGGGGUAACCGUGAGAUGACCAAUCUGAUUGGUAUGUACAUGCUGUUGCCGAAUUCUACCGAUCGGAGAAAACAGUUUGAGGAUACUAUUUAUUGCACUCAGAUAAUGCAGGCAGUGGGCAUGCGCACCGAGACGGAACACUACCGGCGAUGGCAGAGCGCCUUGAACAGCCGCGGGGAAGGGAACACGAUGGGCGCCCUUUACUGGAUGUUUGCAGACAUCUGGCCAGCUCCUUCGUGGGCGUCCAUAGAAUAUGGCGGCAAAUGGAAGGUGUUGCACUACUUCGCGAGGAAAUUCUUCGCGCCUAUACUGAUCUCCCCUUAUAUCGAAGGCUAUGCACUGAAGGUCCACCUAGUGUUGGACGAGCUUCCCGCAAUUGACCACUCAAACCCGCUGGACAUCGAACUCAAUCUGAAGCCCGAGGUUAUGGAGGAUGAGAGGCCUUUUAGUUUGUUUUCACUUUGGUCUUGGACAAACGACGCAUUAGAGCGUCUUAAAGGACAAUUAAAGAAACCAUCAGAAAUAUUGUCUCUCCUCGAGGGAAACUUGUACAUGCGGAUUUAUUCAUGGGACAGUUUAGAGCCACGAUACACCGAAGAAAUCCCAUUUCACGUUGUCAAAUCAUCGGAAAUGGUUCUAGAGACACGAAUACAGGGACUGGUCGAGAAAGGCCAAUGUAAGACGGAAGACCACUGCUUUGUGUAUUUCCAUCUUGGAGAUCCGAGCGAAGGACCCGUGUCGUGGUUACCGUUGUCCGUGUUAAAAACAGCCAUAGGGCUACAACGCCACCCGGAUCUCAAGGUCACUGGUAUUUCACCGGUCGAUGGCGACGCUCUUGUAUUCGACGUCCAUAUAUCAACCUCAGCUGUAGCCGUAUUUGUCUGGAUCGAGGCUACCGGAAUUAAGGGGAGAUUCUCAGAUAACGGUUUUCUGCUUUGCGACAGAUCGAAAACUGUGAAAUUUUAUGCUUGGGAAAACGUUAGUUCACAGAAAUUACAGUCGUCUCUGACGAUCAAAUCACUCACCGAUAUUUACGAGGGCUAAUAUUUGCACGCGCGUUACAGAAAUAAAACUGUUUUAUUGGGACGUACGCCAAAAAUCCUAUUCAUUUAAUAAUUGUUUGCUGUUUUUUACAGCGUAAA